AUUGUUGUCUAACUUGCCAGCACAAAAAUUGUAAAGUCUUUCUCAAAUCUCAUAAAAUCGGAGAUUUGAAUUAAAGUGUUUCUCAAAUCUAAAAAAAUUGGGGAUUUGAAUUGGAUUUGGCGAAAAAUUGAGGCAAGAGAGGAGGUUAAUCUUUUCUGAAGAAACUUUUGAAAGGAAUUUUUUUCUGGAGGCCAAUUUUUGGACGAAGAAGGCAAUGCCAAAAAUCCAACAAGCCAUUCCCUCCACCUGCAACCAUGUGUACCACCAUACCUUCCCGCCUUAAACUGUCACCACCAUCCCAUUCCCUUUCCUUUGCCAGCCGAUCACCAACCCAACCCCACCGAUCUCCCAACUACCCCACCAGGAACAGCUCCCAUCUCCCACCUACCCGCCUUCCACAGCCCUACUGAGAUAGAUAGCCAUCGAAACUGCCAAAAAAUAAAUAGCAACUGUCACAGCCAAAAACAAAAAAUCAAAAAACCAAGCCAACACAGCCAAAAAAAAAUUGCAAACAACCACACUCCUCUAUUGAGGAAUCCAUCAGAAAAAAAAAAGAAACAGAAAAGGGCCCGUUGAGGAUGGAAAGGGCUUUCGGUCAUAGGAUUUUUUUUUUUUUUGUUUUUAUGAGUAAUUUGGGAGAGUAUUUUUAAGAUUUUGGGAAAGGAGAGAAAGGAGCUAUUUUUUUGGGCGGUGGAGCGACGGCGGCGUAUGGAGGUCAGCACGGGCGAGGAGACUUUUGGAUGAUCUGAACUGGUAGAAAGGAAGGAUGGAAGGGGAGAAACAACAUAGUUUGGUUUCAGGACGACCGGACGGCGAGAAGAGGGUGAACGGCGGUUUAAAAUUUCGGGUUAAAGUUUCAGAUCUAAGCUAUUAUGAGAUGAUUUGCGAAAUACAGAGGCUGAAUCUGAGACAAGAAGGAAGAGAGUCCACGGCUGAAAUUUUGGAGUCGACUGACGCCGAACGGCGCCGGUCAACGGCGGCCAGGUCGGCUACUGUCGCCGGGAUUUGGGUUAGGGGAGAGUGGCCGGGUGUGUCUUUUUUGGAGAGAAAAUGUUGCAUUUGAUACAAAAAAUGGAAAACUCAGGUUUGAUGCUCCUCACCCUACCCUCUUACAAUGUUUGUAUUUAUCAAAGUGAUCAAUGAAUAUGGAAUUGUCUAAUGAUGUUGUAGAUAAGGUAUGUGCCACUGACAUUUUUAUUAUCUUAUAUAUUUUAUCCAAUUAAAGGUUUGCACAGUACAAAAGAAUAUUAAAGAAAAUUGAUAAGUAUGAAGGUGGUUUGGAGGCAUUUUCUCUUGGCUAUGAGAAGUUUGGCUUUACACAUAGGUUACCAUUCUUCCAAAUAUCUAAUUGUUAGCAUGGGCUUAUUUUUCGUAGUUGUAAUGUUCUAUAUUAAUUGUAGCUCCCGUGGUUGCAUGUUAUUGCUUUUUACGCUAAAUGUAAUUUGUUUUGAUUUAUUACUCUUUCCGGUUCAAAUGAACAAUUUUCAAUUAAAUGAAAUUAGUGUUGGAAUAUUCUUGUGAUCGAUUUGUGUGGGAACAGUGAACAUGAUUUUUUAGAUCUUUUAUUUUUAUAUGUUUAAAAUUUAGGCAAAUCAAUCUAAGAAAGAAAUCAGUUCCUUGAUGCUCAACAAAGUGUGGAACAAGUAUUUGGUCCUUUGGUGCAAGAAAAAAUUGAGAAUUUUAUUAAAGCCCUUAGAAUUAGUCCUUUCUCUAUUAUUUCACUUUUAUAUAUUUUAUUCUAUUUAUUUAUUUAUUUGUGAAUGUCUUCUCCUUGUUUCCUUUAUCAUUUCUUAGUAUUACAUUGCUUAAGAGCUAUCUUGUUAACUUUAAUUUUUAGUAAAAAUGUUAUUCUCCAUUCAUGUUUUUUUCUGGUCUUAGAAGUUGUUUUAUGAUAAGCUGAUAUUGCUCUUUUUGGUAUAAUCUCAUAUGGCUUUCAAUGAGACAGGAAUAACUUACAGGGAGUGAGCACUGGGAGCUAGGGUUUUUUAUGCAUCAUUUUAACAUUUUGAGAUUUUAACCAUUAAUCUUACUAACUUCUAUGCAAUCAAAAAAGUCUUAUUAACUUCUAGGUAUUUUGUUUUCUCUUCAAUUUUUGUGAUUAUUUUGCUGCAUUUUCUUUUUCAGUCAGCAGCACUGAUUGGAAAUUUUAACAAUCGGAACCCUAAUGCAGAUAUUAUGAGCUGGAAUGAGUUUGGUGUCUGGUAGAUCUUAUGGCUUAAUAAUGUUGAUGGUUCACCACCAAUUCCCCAUGUUCUCAAGUGAAGGAGCCAAUAAUUAGCACAUAUGCCAACUUUGGAGAUGAUGUGCUUCCCCACAGUAAAAGACUUGGAUAUAAUGCUGUUCAAAUCAUGGCUAUACAAGAGCACUCGUAUUAUGCUAGAUUUGGGUAUCAUGUGACAAACUUCUUUGUACCAAGCAGUCGUUUUGGAACCCUUGAUGAUCUUAAGUCACUGAUAGAUAGGGUUCACGAAUUGGGUCUACUUGUUCUUAUGGAUAUUGUGCACAGCCAUGUAUCUAAUAAUGUGUUAGAUGGAUUGAACAUGUUUGAUGGAACCAAUGCUCAUUACUUCCACUUGGGGUCAAAGGGUCACUACUGGAUGUGGGAUUCUCGCCUUUUUAAUUAUGGAAGCUGGAAAGUACAAAGGUUUCUUCUUUCAAAUGCAAGAUGGUGGUUGGAAGAAUACAAGUUUGAUGGGUUCAGAUUCAAUGUUGUGACUUCAAUGAUGUACACCCAUCAUGGGUUGCAGUUAAUAUCAAAGUAGCAUUUACUGGAAACUACAAUGAGUACUUCGGAUAUGCGACUAAUGUAGAUGCUGUUGUCUAUCUGAUGCUAGUUAAUCAUAUGAUUCAUGGGCUAUAUCUUGAGGCUGUCACCAUUGGUGAAGAUAAUGAGUUUGGUGUCUGGGAGAUAUUUUGGCUAAUAAUGCUGAUGGUUCACCACCAAUUCCCCAUGGUUCUCAAGUGAAGAUUCGUAUGGAAACUCCAUUUGGGAUUAAGGACUCCAUUUCUGCUUGGAUCAAGUUCUCUGUUCAAGCACCAAGUCAAAUUCCAUACAAUGGAAUAUACUAUGAUCCGCCAGAAGAGGUAUAGUUAGUGGCUAUUUGAUCUUUUGGUUUUGUUGGAAAUAUUAGAUAACUUAUUCUUUUCGAACUAUAAGCAAUUGAAAUAUUUGGAGCUUGGGCAAAAUUAGAAAUACUAACUAAUGUUUAUGAUAAUUUUAAAGUGAUUGCAUGUGUGAAGAUACAUAGACAAAAGCAUGCAUGCAUGCCUGCACACAAAUAUGGUUAAUUGAUUAUAUAAACAAAUAAUGAAUUUCUUAUUCAUCUUAGAGUAGGUUGUUUUGAUGAACGUCUUCCUUUAUAAUGUUAAUAUUAAGAUCAAUGCCCUUAAAGGUUUUUAAGAAAACAAUUUUGAUUGGUUCUUUUUCAUAUAUGAAGUCAGUUUCUAAAUUGUGUUCUCGCUUGUUCAAGUUUAAUCACUGCACAGCACAGUCAACUUAGUUUAAUCUGUAAUAUGUCUUAUCUCAAAUUUUUGUACUCUCUAACCUGACUAAUGAUUUUUAUACUGUAACAAAAAAAGUAUUUAUUCAAACACUGCCAGCAAAAAAGACCAAAAUCACUUAUGUCUACGAAUUACAUGUUGGAAUGAGUAGCAUGGUAUGCAUCUUCCUUCCCCUUGCAUGUAGAAAAUUGUUAUUCAACUCUUCUGUCUCUGCGUUGAAUUGUAUUUCCUUGAUUUACUUAACCUUAAAAGAGGAAACCUUAAGUUUGAUAAAAAGCUUCAUGACAUGCUAUCAUGUGUGGGAUCAUAUUUUUUAUGCCAUUUCUUUUAACCCUUCCUAUGAAGUGUUAUUGCAAGGUUUUGAGAUUGAAAAGUAAAGCAGGAGGUUUUAUAAGACAACACAUUUUACAGGAAAACUUAUCUUAGUAUCUGUAUUUAAACUAUCAAUUUAACCCCCCCAAAAAAGGAAGAUAGAGAGACAUUGUGACUUGCAUUGAACAUCUUUAAAAGCAUCAAACAGUAUAUCUGGAAAGUCCUGUAAAUUUUGAAACGGAACUUUCCUACAUCCUGUAAGUAGGGUGGCCUCUCUUAAAGAGAAAACUGUCAAAUUAAGCUAGCAAAAAGCCACAUAGGUGUAUACAGCCUACUUUUCAUGUUGUUUGGUUAAAGGAAGUCCUUCAAUUUGGAUUAUACUAAAUAAUGAG